UCUCUGGCGGAUGUGUAUGACACUGAGGAACUGAGGGGUCCCGGGAGCUGGGAGUAGGCGGAAGUGGGCUGUGACAGGUGCAUGCCAGCAUGGACCCACUGCCCAGGGCUCGAGAGGGACUCGGAGCUGGGACAGGGAGGAUCCUGAGAAACAGCAAAGCCACUCGGGAGUGGACGAAAGAUGUCAUUUGUUAAGCAGCCGUUGUUAUGUGCAGGCCCGGUGCCUAGCCCUCUCUAUGCCUUCUGAGGGAGCUGUUAUUCUUCCCAUUGUACAGAUAAGGAGGCAAGCUCAGUGCAGCGUGGGUCACCCACAGCCACACAGCUAGAAAGCGGCAGAGGCAGGAUCUGAACUCAGGAGCUGCUUGGAGAUGCUGCUGUGGCUGCUGUGGCUCCUGCUGUUGCUCCUGCUCUUCCUGCUGCCCAUGUUGACCAUGAUCGGGAAGCAGACAUCUCACAAAGCCAGGCUGUCCUGGCUUGCCAGCCUUCAGCACCGUGUGGCAUGGAGAGUCCUGGCCUGGGCAGCUGCCUGGCAACGGCGGAGAUUAGAACACAGCACGCUGCAUGUGGGUCAAAGCCAGCAGCAGGCCCUGACAUGGUGUCUGCAGGGAGCCCAGGGACUCCGCUGUCCCAUCAGGGGGAGCACAGACAUGAGCACCUUCCGGAAUCAUCUCCCACUGACCAAGGCCAGCCAAGCUCAGGAGAAAGAAAGUGAGGGGCAUCUCCCACCUCCUACCUCAAACCAGUACCAUGGGGAGACCUCUCUGCAGGCCACCCUACUGGGUCUGGUAGCCCUAAACAAGGCCUACCCAGAAGUGCUGGCUCCAGGAGGCACUGCCCGUGUGACCCCAACAUCCCCGUGGCCCAGCCCCCUCCCCUGGCCCUGGCGUGCCCUGGGCUGGGCAAGCCCCACGGGGGCCAAGGACUCUGAGACCCUUCUGCUGGAAGCAUUGAGGUCUCCAGAGCUGAGGGGACUGGAGGCCGGGACAGCAGUUGACCUCCUGGACGUCUUCUUGGACCUGGAGUCCAGGGGUGAAGAGCUGGCUGCGGCAAUUGCUGUAGGGAACCCUGGAGCGCCUCUCCCUAGACGUGCAGCUGAACUUCGGGAUGCCCUAAAUCAGGGUUCCCGAGGACUGGCCCUUCGGCUCUGGCCAAAGCUGCAAGUGGUGGUGACUCUGGAUGCAGGAGGCCAGGCUGAGGCUGUGGCUGCCCUUGGAGCCUUGUGGUGCCAAGGGCUAGCCUUCUUCUCUCCUGCUUAUUCUGCCUCUGGAGGGGUGAUGGGCCUAAACCUAUGGCCAGAGCAGCCCCAGGGACUCUACCUUCUGCUCCCGGGAGCCCCCUUUAUUGAGCUGCUGCCAGUCAAGGAAGGAGCCCAAGAGGAGGCAGCCCCCACCCUCCUGGCUGAAGCCCAAAAGGGGAAGGAGUACGAGCUGGUGCUGACUGACCACAUUAGCCUUACCAGGUGCUGCCUGGGUGAUGUGGUGCAGGUGGUCGGUGCCUAUAAUAAGUGUCCAGUUGUCAGGUUCAUGUACAGGCUGGACCAGGCCCUGAGUGUGCGAGGAGAAGUUACUGGUGAGAAUGUAUUCUCUGAGGCCCUGGCUCAGGCAGUGGGGCAGUGGCCUGGGGCCAAGCUGUUGGACCAUGGCUGUGUGGAGAGCAGCAUUCUGGACUCCUCUGAGGGCUCUGCUCCACACUAUGAAGUGUUUGUGGAACUGAGGGGGCUGCGGAAUCUGUCAGAGGAAAAUCGAGACAAGCUUGACCACUGCCUUCAGGAAGCCUCUGCUCACUACAAGUCCCUGCGGUUCCGGGGCAGUGUGGGUCCUGCCAGAGUCCACCUGGUGGGGCUGGGAGCCUUCCGAGCACUCCGGGAAGCCUUGACUGCCUGCCCUUCAUCCUCUUUCCCUCCCACAAUGCCCCGGGUCCUUAGGCACAGGCACCUGGCUCAGCUCCUGCAGAGAAGAGUGGUGUCCUGAGCCAAUGCAGUGGCACCAACUGCCCAGCUCCCACCUUACUCUUUGCUCUGGGGCCCCUCUGGAUGGAGAGUUCUUGGUCUGGGGCCUUCACUUGACAUUGGUCCACUAGAACUACUGAAUUUGAUGGGAGAGAACUUGGCCUAGUAGGCCAGUUCUGAGGUGUAGGCUUCAGAGGUGUUGCAGACCUAAGCAGUCCUCUGCCCAUAUCCCCCUGGGCUUACCUUAGAGGACAUGGCUGGAGAGCUCCCAUACACACUGAUGGUUUCCUGUGUCUUUCAGUCUGACGGUGUUCUCUGGCCAUAGUCGUGUCUGCUUGACAGUGAACUGGGUGUGCUGAAAGUAAUGGGGAUUAAUGACCUCUGGAGUGACUCUCAGUCAGUACAAUAAAGGC